AACUAUAAAACCUUAAAGAACGUGAGUGGCAGACAGACAGAGGGGAAGUGCAUCUGGUGGUACCGCAUCCUCCCGUCACCCCGGACUAUAACCGGUCAUACCCCAGCUAAUAUCAUCCGGAUCAACGAGCAGCUGUCAGACUGUUCGUGUAGCCCGGCUCGGCGCGGUCACAUCCCUCCGAACACCACACACUAACCCCCCCGCCCCCCCGACAAGAUACUUCCAGGCUCCCCGGGUGAAGAUGAACGGCAGUGUCCAGCUUGCGGAGUACGAUUUCGAGCGGCGUUUCGACGAAAGACGAGCUCUAGAAUGGAUGCAGGAGAACUGGAGCAAGUCGUUCAUGUUCUGUGGCCUGUAUGCUGCGCUCGUGUUCGGCGGUCAGCACUUCAUGAGGGAGAGGCCGAAGCUGAACCUGCGUCGGCCUUUAGUGCUGUGGUCACUCAGCCUGGCUAUCUUCAGUAUCAUCGGAGCGCUGAGGACUGGCCUCUACAUGAUGCACGUCCUCACAACCAGCGGCUUCAGACAGUCGGUGUGUGACACCAGUUUCUACAGCGCCCCCGUCACCAAGUUCUGGGCCUACGCCUUCGUUCUUAGCAAGGCCCCCGAGCUGGGUGACACGGUGUUCAUCAUCCUCCGAAAGCAGCGCCUCAUCUUCCUGCACUGGUACCACCACAUCACCGUGCUGCUCUACUCCUGGUACUCCUACAAGGACCAGGUGGCGGGCGGCGGCUGGUUCAUGACCAUGAACUACGUGGUCCACUCUCUCAUGUACACGUACUACGCGGCGCGGGCUGCCGGCAUGCGGGUGCCUCGACCCUUCGCCAUGAUCAUCACGGCCACCCAGAUCAUGCAGAUGGCGAUGGGCCUGGCCGUCCUGGGCCUGGUGUACCACUGGAUGCACGAGGUGCACUGUCCGUCCAAAAUGAACAACGUCACGUGGGGCUCUCUCAUGUACCUCAGCUACCUGGUCUUGUUUGCCGUGUUCUUCUACAACACCUACCUCAGAGGCUCCUCUGGUGGCAAAGGAUCCAAGGCAGAGUAGUCUGCCCUGUGCUGUGUUGGAUGUGCCAUAAGUAGAAUAUGACCAACAGUGAAGGGGCCAUGAAUGUGUGAGUCACAGCUAGUUACCUGAUGACUGGUCCCACUCUUUUUUAUUACAUUUUCACUUGACUUUUUAUAGCAUCUGUAGCUCAAAACAAUGAUUCAUCUGUGGGAUUAGAGAGUUAGGAAUGAGGAGGUUUGGACUGAGCACAGUCUAAUAAGACCCCAUCAUUAGCUGGAGAAUGGAUAAAAGGGAAAGGGAUGAAGGAAGAGCGUGUUUGUGUUUAACUAACCGUACUCACAAUGUUUAAACGAUUGCCUUGGUAUUUAGACUCUCGACCAGUAUCUUAAAAACAGCCAUAUGAGGGCCAAAUAUUUGUCAGAGGUGGUUAACAAAUGCUUGUGUUCGUAUGUUACCAUGAAGAAGUAAGUUCUUGAUUUAUACGUUCAAGCUCUGAACUAGAAAAAAGUACUUAUACAUUUUAAAAUGUUAAAGAAAUAGUUCAACAAAACAGUUUUCUUAACUGAGAGUGAGAUGAGAGAAUUGAUUUUAAAGUUGUUAUUGAUAACAUUCAGCCAUAAAAUGUGGCAUUUCACCCCUUACCCACAAUUGCAUUCACCUCACAACACUGCUGUUGUUGUUUGAAUCAUCGCUUCCUCAAGUGGUUGCCAGCUGUUGCAUAUAUUCACACAUUGCUAACGCUACAUAGCUAACGUUAGUGCAGUACAGUACGCUGUACAACUCAGCCUUGCUUAUGUUUUUUUACAAACUGGCUGCUACCAUGACUCUUGAUACUGAUGAAACACAGAUACAGCGUGUUAUACUUUUGGCCCUCAAACCUUGUUAGAAGCUGGAACCAGCCGUCAGAAUUCUGACACACAGAUAAACAAAUCCAGAGAAAUUAUUGAUGUACAAUCAAAAUAAUGUUUUUAAGGAAAAGCUCUAUAGGUAUGUUAUCUUUAGAAAAAAAAAAGAUUUGUGUGCGUACAUAUUUUAUCAAUAUGAUAUUUAAAUAUUGAGCUGCAUGUUUUCAGCUCAGCGUAAAUAGCACUGCUAGUAGUGAGUACAAUUAAUCUGUUGCACUCUUUCAUGAGUAACUUGUUUUGAGUCCUCUGACGGAUCCCUGUGGCUCCGUGUUCUUUCACAGUGGAACCCGGGCGUAAACUCUUAGGAAUGACCCUGCGCUGCCUGCAUCUCAAGUGCAGAUGGUUCCUGUUAUAAGCCACUGAAACCAGUUCAGCUGCCUAUGAUAUAGCACUUAGAAUGUGAUGUCUGUGACAACCCCAUCUUCUCAUUUCACUCUCAGAAAAAGAAAGCAGAUGAGUGUUUGACCCAAAAUGUUGAACUAUUCCUUUAGAAUAAUGUGUGUUUUAGCCCGAGCCAUAACUGUGACCUACAGAUACGUACAGGAUUAUAAAAACGGAAGGAAAACCACACACUGAAUGAAAGCAGGGUGUUUUCUCAUGUUCGGUUUUAGCACUUACAACACACACACACAUAUUAAAGACGCACUGCAUUUAAACGACUAUAUUUAGCUCUGAAGCUUCAUCACGUCUCCCUCCCUGAGAACAGCUCAGAAACUACAGAUGGCUAUUUUAACAGACAUAACACGUACACUGUAGAUCGGUUUCACACGGCCUUUCCUUCAUGUGUGCUCUCACCACACUGACACUUGUGAGAUGAUAAGAUCUGAGUGGCAAACACGUUCUUCAGCUUACCUGUUGGGUAACAUGUGGAGCUGGAGUCCUCCUGUCUGUCCUUCUGUACUAAAGUUUACACACUGUGCACAUUUUGCCUUCUUCAUCUGCAGCGUCGCGUCAGGAUUUAGGAGAGUUGAGCACUUAACUGUUUUGUCAUGUUUGUGUAGAGAUGUAGAAACAACCUGAAUCACUUUUUUGUUCCUGUUAAAGAAAAGAGGCAAAGUUUCACUGAUCAUGUCGUUUAGCAGGACUAAUUAUCUAAACAGUCAUUAAUCACGUAAUUAUCAAAGAACAGACAGUUAGUCAUUCAUUUAGUUUAUAGCACUUUAAUUGAAACCGAUUUAAAAGAUCAUAAAAAGGCAGAUGAAGUGAUGACGUCAGUGUAAAGGAGAAUAACAUUAAAUAGCAAGUUAACACAAAGUCGGUGAUGACGCUCUCUUGAUCGAAACUAAAAUUAACAAAUUUGAAAAUCUAAUUUUCCCUCCAAGCUAAAAGUACCUUUAUUCGCUUCCAACAAAACAACAACAAAAAGAAAAGGAGAAUUAUUAGCCCAGCAUGAAGAUUAGAAUGAAAAGGAAAUAACUUGACACAUAAAACAACAAACCAUAAUAGAAACUGUAAUACACAACAGAGGUUUCACAGAUACGCAACAAAAGCAUCAAAGAUAAAAUAAAAACAAAAAAGUAACAAAAAAAGCAUGAAUUAAAUGAUACCUACAUUUUCUGAAUUACUCCGUCCAGAUAAGCUCUACAAUCCGAGAUUAUCUCCGUCCAUACACACCUGAAAACACAUAUCUGAUGGGAAUUGUUGCGUGUUGCCGUAAACAGGAAGCAGAUUGUUGACUUUUGUCAGUUUUAGAGGCCGCAAAGACUUCAAAGUAUUAAAAGUCAUUUGGGGGAAAAACUAAUUUAGAUUAAAGUCAGAAAAAACAAACCCCUCUAAUCCUUUUAAUCCUCUUGUAUCAAAAUAUUCGUCCUGGGACCGUCGAGGUUCCUGUCCCACAGUUUGGAAACCAUUAGCUAAUGGCUGCAUUUCCAACCAGAGUCCCAGGAACUCAUUUUACACGUCUCUCAUUUCCACCUUGAUGUAAAAACUAGUGAAGACGCGGCACAUCAUUCCACCGAUGUACGAUAAAGCUGUUUUUCAUCCUUGUUGUGCUUCGUCAUUGGACCAUUUCUCGUCUGUAGCUCCAUGUUGAAGCACAACGAACAAAACAAAAGCAUCUGUGGCUGCAGAUCUCUGAAAAAUGGUGGCUGAAAUAAAACGCUGCUAGUAGUCAAUCAAUCAGAAAUAUUCAGCACCACAAAAGUUCCUGCACUUUUUUGAAAGUGGGGACUUUGAUAAUGUCGGCAGAACUCAGUGUAGACUCCUGCGGUGGAAACAUAAUUUGUGUGUCUUCUUUUACAAGUAGUUAAUCUGUGGAUAAAGUGUCUGUUGUGUUCCAUACACAUCGUCGUAUGUCUGUUGUGUUGCCCGUUUUUUAAAUUUUAAUGUGCGUAAUACCAACCCUUCACUUCUUUGUCCUGUCGGUGUUGUAAUAGUUUCCCUGUGUGUGGCUACAUCCAGCAGACUGUAGAUCCACGGAGGGCAGCGAGUGAUUACGGACCUAUACUUUGAUUUAAAUUGUACUUGAUAGUUGAACGUGUGGGCUGUAAAAACAAAACAUUCAGAAGUGCUGAUUCUGACACAGAGAGCGACGGGCUGCUGUCGCUGAUAAUCUGUAUCAGCUGCACUCGAGCUGCUAAGAAGGGAGGAAACAAGCCGAUGUGUCCACUGUAAAUAAUAAGAAUCUAUUUAUUUUCUUAAUAUAUAACAUUCUCUAGCAGAUCUGAGGUGUUUCUGGGAGACUUAUUUUUGUUAGGAUGUGCUUAAUUGUUUCUGCUCUCUCCAUCCAUCAUGUUUGUGUGUUUCUUCAUCCAUGACGCCAUUUUUGCCUCUUUAAAAUGUGAAGAGAUGGAGGAUCACUGUAAACUCUUAGAGCCGUUGAUACUUCAUGUUGAAAGGAGGCUUCAUUUGUGAUUUACACUUGAUGUGAUUUCAGACCGUCCCAUUGAAAAACCCACUAUUACUGUAUUUUUGUUGUGAGGGAGCUGAGGUUUACAUUAGAAACUCAUUUUCAGUUUUCCAGCUCAAACAUUCAUUCAGCGUUUUCAUACACGACUCUGUGAUUUGGUCACGUGGCGUUCUCUGUGCAAACCUUUUUGGAAAACCGAUAUAUUGUACUUAUUGUUCAGCAGAGUUUUGGAUCUUCAGAUGUGUUUUCAUGAUUCCACAAACAUCCUGCUGACAUUUAAAUCUAAUGUUUCCUCAGACUGUUAACAUACAAAUAUGUGAUCGUUCUAUCACAAGAAUAUCUCUGAAGAUGCAGCUGGUUAACAAGUAAAUAACACCAAUGUUGAGGUUUGCGUGUCGAGCGCUGUGUGAUCGAAAUAGGGCAUUACGUCUGGAGUCCUCCCUGUUUUAUCUUGUUGCCAUCGCAGCCUGAAUUUCCCUCGUGUUUCGUUACUAAACUUGUACUUUUACUGUAAGAACAGCUCGAACUGUCGGAUCAUUCUGAGAAGGAACCAAGAGAAGACUCACUAAUGAUUCCUGGACUUUUUGUGACACCGUUUAAACUUGAACUUUGUGUGCCAAAUGUUUUUUUUUUGUUUGCUUUUUGUUUUCUUUCUUGGAUAGAUGUGAGCAUCAUGUGUGUCUCAUCAUGUCUCCUCCUGUAAAAAAAACAUCAGAAAACACGCUGAUUUCCCCCCUACACCUGUGGAUCCAACCAUCGACUGCAAACGAAGGGUAAAAAAAACAGUUAAAGGGCUUUUGAUGUUGAAAUGUUGUUUAAUAAAUCCAUUCUGGUUUUAAAAA